AUGGACAGAGUGACGAAGGAGGGGACUCCGCGGCCCCCAACUACCGCCGCUCCCUCUUCGAAGAUGAGGCUCCAGAAACAGCUGAUGCCGUUAAAGGACUCAAGGCCAACCGCGACGAACUGUGAAACACAUUCCGGUCAGUUACUGUUGCCCUCUUCCGCCUCAUCAUUUUCUCCUUCGUCGUGCUGCGCGUCUCUGCCUUCGGCGUCGUCUCCCUCUCUCAGCGCUUCCUCUAGCCCUCUUUGGGUCGGACCCAAGGAAGGCUCCAGCUCCACCCCGCCUUCUGUGCCUGUGGGGAGCAGCUUCAAUGCAUCUUUACCUGCCUCCUCACGUUCGCCGUCUUCGCUCUUCCGCGAUACAGACGAGAGAAGACAGCGUCGCAAUGAAUUCCCUACCAACCGAAAAGAGAUAGAGGCUGCUAGAAACAUGCAGGCGAGACGCAUCGAUCCCUACUCGUGCGAGGUAAACCGUAUCGAAAGAGAGGCGUGGCGGGCUUCUUCGGCGGCCGCAGAAGCCGCAUCUGUCGUCCUCACUGCUGCUCGCUGCUUGCGCCGCGCGUCUACUCGACAAAGGGGAGAGCGGCUCGACUGUGAAGUGAGUCCAGCGGAGGGCGUCUCUGCGGCGAAGCCUCCCCAAAAUGCCACGUCGCGCAUCUCAGUAGAAGCGAACCUUUUCGCGUCGCCUGGAGGGGUCGCGCCCCCUGAGGCGUUUUCCGUUCCUUUAAAGAAAAAAUCCUCAGUGACCGACUCUGACGACGGCGCCUCUCCUGCCGAGUUUCCCUCGUCUCCGCCUUUUGAACCGGAGUCAUCGCGUCCUCCUACAUCUUCUUCGUCUCCACUGUCUUCUCCACUCAGUUCCUCGUCUCCAUACUACCUCAAAGCGCCAGUAUACAUACGCCCGAGCCCUCCUGAGGCGUCCUCCUUGGACCCAUCACCUUCGGCUAUGCCUUCGGAUUUCCCUCGCGCCGGUUGUUCUGUCGCUUCAUCUCUCUCGCCUUCCUCUGAGUCGCAUGCCGCCCUGACCGCCUCCGCCAGCUGGGCUUCGCCUCCUCAGUCUCCGGGGCUCGCGUCUUCCGCGUUGAAGACUGCUUCCGUUUCUGCUUCGCAAGCGACGAAUUCAACACACAUUCUGCGACGAGGCGGCGCAGCGCUGACGUCGCCGCAUGCGCCACCUGAUCUUCCCCUUCAAUCGCGUGGCCCACGUGGUAACCAAAUGUGUGAGGACGACGCUUCGAACGCGUCCCCUCCCUGUCGCCAUCGCAUCGCCUUCGCCUCUUCGGCAAGCGCGUCGUCAGCUGAGAGUGACCUCCCGGCUCCUGCGCGGACACAUGCGAAUCGGUGUUCGUGCACUGUAAAGCUUUCCGCGGCUCCCUCGAUGUUCAGUGCGACGGCGUCGACUUGCGCGUCGCUCUCAGUGUCAAGUGCGUCUCUGUCUCACGCGCCGCGGAAACCCAACGAACGCGCCUCGAGAGGCCCGAACUCGCGAGCGCUGCCCGUGGGCCACACAAAAGAGCGAAGAAACAGCAAGCGAGGGGGGAGCAGAAACCACGUGGAAACGAAGAGAUGCGAGGAGGCGAGCGAGCCCUCCCACGAAAGGAGAAGGGCGCUCGAGGGAGAGAAUGAGGAAAGGAAAUCUGCUGCUUGCAACCCGUCGUCGGCAGGAAUGAGCCAGGGGUGCCCGAGCACAACGGCAGCGAAACGAAAAGAGAUUGAAUCGUUCUACCUCGAAGCAAAUCUUGCUGAGGAACCUGCGAACUACGACUGUCGCGCAAGAGGUGAGCCGCGCCGCCCGACGAGCUCGCAGGACUGCCAGCCUCUUUCCUUACAACGCCGAGCUUUGCCGGCGACCCAGAAUCGAGAGCGAGUCGAGACGCCUGCGGGAGCAGACAGAAAGGCGCGCAGGAUGGCGGACGCAGCGCAAGCAACCGGAGGCAAUGUGAAGCCACGACGAACGAGCCGGGAACGGACAGCUGAGGAGCUCUACGGAUUCAUGUACGUGAUCUACGUGGAAAGGCUGAAGACGAAGAUGAACCAUGCAGCGGAAGAGGGCAAAGCAAAGAGCCGGAACCACAGCCACGGAGACACGGAGAAGGCGAGUCCUGACGCGCGGCGCUCGUCUCGCUUCUCUGAACGCCGCGAUAGAAAAGCUUCGUGUCGCAGGGAGAGCGAGAAAGGCCGCAUGCAGACGCUCCAACUCGUCGCUACGACCAAGAGUCUGGGACUAGAGGUCGCCGUCGCAAGCUGCGCUCUCGAGACUGUCCCUGGGCGUCUCUCUAGCCGCGUGCCUGCGGACGAACCGCGUGCGAAGCCGGCUUCAGUCGAAACGCGGUUUGCGAGCUUCCUCGUUGUGCCAGGAAGAGGCUCUGAGCCUGCGGACGUCGGGGGAAAUCUGAAGCGAGCCAGCGCGCGCCCCCUGCGCCCAGCGGACGUCACGCUCUGCCUUGAGAUCCUCGACGCGCAACGCAUCCCCCUCAUCCGAGGCGUCCUUCGCCUUCCAGGCUCCGGCGCCUCUGAGCACUUUUUCAAACAUCGAGUGCUUCUCACCCCGGCUUUCGCAUCGCCGCGUCACGGAACGCCGCACGACGACGCAGGGCAGACUGUCGCGAGCGUGCUGGUCGCGGCGCAGAAGCGCUGGACGCAGUUGCGUGGGAGUUCCGGCAGGUUUCAGCUCGCGAACCAGCCGCUGCACUUCGCGCUGGAGCAACGCGACCCCCAGGCGCGAUAUCUCACGCAGGCGCUGCCGUUCCUCUCCUCGCUGCCUCCGGCAGUCUCUCGUGCUUCCAAGAAAGGCCUCGACGCGCCGACCGAAUACGCGCUCGCUGCGGCCAACUCGUCUGCGAUGGAAUCCACGACUCCUCACAAGGCCUCCGCGACGGCCGCCAGCGCCCUAAACGUCAAAGUCUCGCGAGACCGGCACACCACAGUCGACUGCCGCUCGCUUCUUCUUCCGUCGCCCGCGCAGGAUGGGGUUGCAGAACAGCACGUGAAGGCGACUCCGCCCACUCCCGCUGAUGCGCCCUCUCCUCUAUUUCCCCGAAUGCCCUCCGGCAAUUCUAUGCCACCCCCGUUGUCCCUUGGGUCUUCUGAGUCCGCCUCCGCAUUCGCGUUCUCAGACUCGCUCGCUCAGACGCGCGCCCGCGAGGCGCUGACAAAGGACAGACACGUUGCAAACGACUUGCGACUGGAUUGCAAUGACAGUAACACAUCCGCAGCGCUUUCGGCCGGCUCCGGGCGGUCUCCACACGCCUCUCUGCGCGUGCGACGACCGAGGCGGGGUGAAGCGGAGACCCUCGGCAUGGCUGAGAGUGCCGCAUCCCCCUCGUGCCUGAUGCCUAAUUCGACUUCAUUGCCCUGUGACGAGGCUGGCGAAAGCUUCCAAUGGAGUCUAAGCGAGGACGGCAGCGAGGGCGCGGUGUGCGGCACAGAUGCUCGCGAGGGGGGGGCUGGCGACUGGGCAAAGGGAGACGACGAAGGCGGAAAGAACGGAGUCGCGAUGCCGCGGAAAGCAGAGGAGAUAUGUGAAUCAGAGAAGGGAGGUCGACAGCUGAAGCCAGAGAGUAGUUGGGCAGAACAACAACCAGACAGGUGCGCGCGAAAUCGACAGGGACAGGUGGGUACGGCGACGAGCAAGAAGAGCGAAAAACCGCUUGAACGCCAAGCGCUGCGCGAACGAAUCACAGACCGCCAGGCUCAGAUAAAAUCCCUCAAGACGAGACUCGACAGACUCAAGGGUCUCUCCUCUCCGGCGCAGGACUUCAGAGAGGACGGUGGCACUGCGCUCCAGCGAGGGCGACGCAGUGAGACGGAGGUCGAACGCAGCGGAGAAAAACGCCCCGAAACUGAUGUCGAUCUUGACGCAGCAGCCGCAACCCUUCAGUCCGUCAACCCAGACGAGGCGCAAACACCGAAGGGAGAAGCAGUCACGUUGACAGCCGAGCCACGGGUCACAGCGACGGCGGAAGCCAACAGCUCUGCCGGCGGUGGAAGAGCCCCGAAGGUCGGGGGGGGCUUUGUCGGCGCCGCUGCCUCCUCCUCGCCGAGUCCUCUUGCCUCCAGUGCGUGUGCGUCACUGUCGCCGCCCUCCGCGCUUGCAAUCGUCGCUUCGGAUUCGUCUGCAGCGUAUCAGAUCUCUUCGGUCUCUUCUGCGCUUCCCACGGAUGGCGCAUCGCCCGCGACUCGCGGUGCAUCGCCUUCGUUUUCUCCGCUGCCGGCGGCAAAAGUCCACUUGCAGAGGGAGCCCGAAGAGGCACCCAGAAGCUGCAUGCUCCGCGAAGAAGGCGAAAUUGCACAGAGCGGAGAACAGACAGGCAGACGCGAAUGCUCAGCAGCAGGGCCUCGCGCCGCCUGGGUUGCCUCCGCUGUGCUCAGAGACGAGGCGGGAGCAAUGAAACAAACACACGCGACUCUGCCGCAGGCGAGGCCAGAUGCGACACCCGCACAGAGCCCUGAGGGACUGCGAAAGGCCCGCAUGCCAUCCGACCAGACGAAGCGAAACGCAGGCGAGCUCUGCGAUGAAACGAGCGACGGACCCCAGGACUCGCUUUCCUCGCAGAAGACUGACAGAGGCAAUUUAUCCCCUCGGAUUUCUCUCGCAGCAUCCAGUGCGCGUCUGCUACAUGCCGACAUGACGCCAGCCUUCGCCGCACACAGCGCGCGCGACGGGCGCGACGCACUAGACCCUUCAUUCAAGGUUUCGCCGUUGGGUUCUGCGUCUCUUGAGCCGGCCUCUAGCGCCCUGAGCCCACUUUCAGCGGCAUGCUCGCUUGUGAGUCAGCCUCCCACUUCGCGUGCUAGCCCUUCUGACUCUCGUCCCCCUGCCUUGUCCUCUUCGCCGGCGGCACCCGCCUCAACCUCCUUGAGGCACGCGCCCUCGCCGGCAGAGACGUUGCUUCCCAGAACGGCGACGUCGGCAGCUGACCUGUUUGGAGCGCGUGCCGCCUCGCUCGGGGAGCAGCCGAUGAGCAGGGGCAAACAGCAGCGUGUCAUCGUCGCCGGGAACGUGAUUGAGAUUUUCUGUUCACAGGGGACUGCGAAGUCCCAGAGACACCCUCGAGGCGCGCCGAGCUCCGAGCUCGCAGCCAGCUGCGACAGCGCGACAGCGCGCGACACGGCCGCCAGCCAGGAGAAGCUGAGCCGCGAGAGGGGGGCCGAGGUGCAGGGGGGGGAGCGGCCGUGCCAGGGAGGCACAAACCGCCCAGACGGCGUGCAGGCGCAGAUCGGUGCGCCGGAAAGCGGAGACGUAUCUUAUGCCAGCGGGGAAAGCGAACGCAUCCAGGAGAGUGAUUGGCAACGAAGGCAUCGAGUAGAGCUGCAAGAAGCCGGAGCUUUCGCGCAUGGUGGAGGCGCUGUAGAGGAGAUCGUUCUCGGGAGAGUAAACGCGGCUCGGAGCAACGAGGAGAGUUGCGCUGAUCCCGCCUCGAGACACCAACUCGCGCAGCCUUCCGAGCCGGGGGCAGAGCUGCCGCAGAGUCACGAAGAGGCCGACAAAAUGCAUGCUGCGCAUGAAACGAAUAGCGAAUCAAUCGCGCUUCGCGUCACCGCCGUCUCGCACCUCGCGUGCGUCUCUCGCGCCACAGCACGCACCUGCGGAGCAUUGCGGGGGGCUUUGAGUCUCGACAACGCGCAGGAAUGCGACGAGGCUCUUUCAAGUCCUCGCGCGGGGAGGGCGGGCAUUCAAGCAGCGGAGACCAAAAGGGUCAAAGAUGAAGACCGGCGGGACCGGCGACAAGAAGGACGAAGAGAGGAAGGACGAGAAGAAGAAGGACAAGAAGAAGAAGGACGAGAAGAAGCAGGGGGUGAAGAAGAAGGUGACGAGGCGUCCAUAGGUCGCGACAGCCAUGCGCGCAAUCAACGCAGCAGCCACGGAGUUGAGGCGCACGACUUUUCUCGCGAGGCAGCAGUCCGCGAGGGCACCUCGAAGGCAGGCGAUGAAGCCUCGACGAGCCUAGCAGCACAAAGUAAAGGGCAGCCGGCGUUCCACCAAGUAGCGAGCGCAGACGACUAUGCGGCGCAAACAUUAGAGGUGCGCGAUGGCGCGCGGCCUGUCCAUGGAGACUCGCGGGUGCCCGAGGAACCGCGGCUGAGUCAAAUCCCCAGUCAACCGCGAGAGAGAGGCAACGAGAGCGGAAGGAGAGGAGGUGCGGCGCGCGCGGCAGCCUUCUUCGAGUCGCGUCUCAGCCAGUGCCUCGCAAGUCGCGCCUUCGCCGAGGCACGACGAAACCUGAGGGUCAGUGUGCCGUCCCUUUCGCUCUACGCGGAGACUGGUGCAGCACAUAAGUCUUUUUGCCUGCCUGCCAGUCAUACUCGUGAGAUGCUGCUGGCGCGGCAGUGGUUCGACUCUCCUCACAACGUGUAUGGGAGCUCCUGA